AAAGGACCGUGAGCAUGGUGAGAGAUUCAGAGCCUGUCACUGCCACAGAAGCUGCAGGACCAUGGCAUUUGUGCUGGAGAAAAUAGCAAACCCUUCCUCUCUGCUUUUGUACCUGGCUGCUGGGUUUUGUCUCAUCUAUGUCCUGCUGAAAGCGAUCCAGCUGUAUCGCAAGAAACAACAGCUCCUCAAAGCUUUUGAGAGUUUUCCAGGUCCCCCCAGGCACUGGCUGUAUGGACACAACUCUCAGAUUUCUCAAGGUGGAGAAUUAAAGAAGUUGCUGUCUUGGGCAAAAAAGUACCCCUAUGCCUACCCCAGAUGGAUUGGAGGUUUCAUAGCUACCUUAGUAGUCAACCACCCUGAUUAUGCCAAAACUGUGUUUGGCCAUGGAGAUCCCAAGGGUCUUGCAACCUACAAAUUCUUAAUUCCCUGGAUUGGCAAGGGAUUACUGAUCUUACAUGGGCCACAGUGGUUCCAGCAUCGAAGGCUGCUGACCCCAGGGUUUCACUAUGACGUGCUGAAACCUUAUGUCUCAUUGAUGGCAGAGUCUACCAAAGUGAUGCUGGAUAAAUGGGAACGGCAAAUCACAGUGGAUAAGUCAGUGGAGCUUUUUGAACAUGUCAGCUUGAUGACCCUGGACAGCAUCAUGAAAUGUGCCUUCAGUUGUCAUAGCAACUGCCAGACUGACAGUGACUCAGACUACUACAUCAAAGCAGUCUAUGACCUGACCUACCUGGUGUUUCAUAGAAUCCGCUUUUUCCCAUUUCAUAAUGAUUUCAUCUAUCGAAUCAGUUCUCAAGGACGUCGCUUUCAGGAGGCCUGCCGACUAGCACACCAGCAUACAGAUAAAGUAAUAAAAGAGAGAAAGACAUCCCUCCAAGAUCAGCAAGAACUUGAAAAGAUCCAGAAGAAGAAGUACUUGGAUUUUCUGGACAUUCUUCUGUGUGCCAAGGAUGAAAACGGAGCUGGAUUAUCCGAUGAAGACCUACGUGCCGAGGUGGACACAUUUAUGUUUGAGGGUCAUGAUACCACAGCCAGUGGGAUCUCCUGGCUCUUGUACUGCAUGGCCCUGUACCCAGAGCACCAGCAGAGAUGCAGGGAAGAGAUCAAGGAAAUUCUGGAAGACAGAGAGACUGUCCAAUGGGAUGACCUUGGCAAAAUGACUUACAGCACCAUGUGCAUCAAGGAGAGCCUUCGCCUUUAUCCUCCGGUACCUGGAGUGUCCCGACUGCUCAGCAAACCCAUCACGUUCCAUGAUGGACGUACCUUACCAGAAGGUUCUCUGGCUGCAGUGCAUAUUUAUUCGCUUCAUAGGAACCCAGCUGUAUGGCAAGAUCCAGAGGUAUUUGAUCCCAUGAGGUUUUCUCCAGAGAACUUGUCCAAGAUGCAUUCCCAUGCUUUCCUGCCCUUCGCAGCUGGAGCACGGAACUGCAUUGGGAAGCAGUUUGCCAUGAACGAGCUGAAAGUGGCUCUCGCCCUGACUCUGCUCCGCUUUGAGUUGUCUCCUGAUCCAGCCAAACCACCCAAGGAAAUACCUCAAGUUGUCCUCAAGUCCAGCAAUGGGAUCCACCUGCUCUUACGGAAACUUCCCUGACACCGCAGAAACCAUGGAGCUCCGCACUGGAAGUCAGAAGGAUCGGCUCAUUUUCAAAGGAGUGCAAUCCAGGGGUGUUUUACUGGAUAGCCCCACUUCAGCCAACCCGUACCACAACCUUUCCUGAAUUCUCAGCACCAGCUGGUUUCUCUGGGGCUUUCCCCAUCCCCAGAGUUGGAGGGAGCAGUGUUGGGAGGAGACCUGGAUAUGGGAGUAAAGCAUCCCACACGCCUCAUCCCUGGCUAAGGAGCACUCUUGCCUGUCAGUGCCAUGCUCUGGGACCCGAGCUAUGCAGGCUGGAGGGCAGCACUUCUCCCCUUUCCACAGCCCCUCACGCUGUGUACUGAGGGUAUAAGCAGAACUCUGAGUGCAAUUUCACAUCUAUUCCCUAAUGCAAACUGGAGAGGGCAGCACUGCAACGGAGAUAGCUCUCCUUCCCCGACAGGAGUCCAAGUGUCUCCGCAUCUCCCAUCGGAUGAGAGCCAGUGAUCUAGCUGGGGUUUAAGGCCUCCUUACCCUGGGAUUUUAGGCACCAGUGCAAAGCCCUAGUGUAGACACAAUUUAUACCAGUGCACUGCAAUGUGCACUAAUGCCUAAGCUCCGAGGGUAGACUGAGCCCAACACUUAUCCCCCACAUUAGCACAUUGGUCUGUUUUGCACUGAUCUCCUAUUCACUCAGCCUUGCAAGGAAGUGUGAAUUCCACCACCAGGGCCCCUCUCAUUCCCUAUGGGGGAUUAUCAUCAACGCUUGGUUGGAAGAUUGAAGUGUGAGCUGGGCCAAGUCUCCCAGUCAAGAGGUGGGUGGAUAAUGCUCCCCACUGAGAAGCUCUGGAGUUUUGGUUUGGCCCACUACAGCAAUAGAGGCCAGUGAGAAUUUUUGCUCCAAAUCUGAACUUUCUUUCAGUGGAGGCUGCUCAGAUCUUGGUUCAGAGCUCUCUGUAAUUUAAACACCGACACGAUGCAAUAUGGACAAUCAAAGAUCCAUGCAGGCUGCCUUCAGACUACACUCACAGCUCUGAUUGGCCCUAAAAAGUCACUCAGCUGGAGCCAAGAUACCUCUAAUUCCCCCUCUAAUCCAGGAUGGAUGCUUACAUGAUCCCCAGAGUAGAGCUUCCUUGUCACAUUGUUUAUGCUAGACAGAUAUUGAGGGUUCUCCCUGUGCAUUCAUCCUUGGAAACUGCCCCUCCAAUGUAGCAAUUUCAUCAAGAUACCUUCCAGCCCAGAGAAAGGUGCAGCAAUUUCCUCCUCACUUGGAGCCUGAUCCCAAGUCUGUCAUUGAGAGGCUUCUUCCCAUUGACUUCAAUGGGCUUUAGGUCCUGUGUUUGGAGAACGUGACAGCUAACUCUGCCAGUUUGCUGACUAGCAAUGUUCUGUGCAUUCUUAUUCCCAUGCUAUCUCUGAUGCUGUG